ACUUUCCUAUCGUAGAAAAAACUAGAUUGUGUUGUCCAUCAUGCAAAUUAAGUCAUUCGUCGCUUUGUCUGCCUUGUCAGCUAUCGCUUUGGCUGCCAACAAUUCUACCUUGACCACUGCCACUCCAAGUGUCAAGUCUGCUUGUAAGUUUGACGACUUCACCGCCACCGCUUCUGCUGACGUUGCUUCGGUUGCUGCCUGUGCAACUGCUGUUGGUGAUAUCACUAUUGAAGGUGAUGAAUUCGGUACCAUCGAAUUGACCGGUGUCGAGGCCAUCUACGGUAACUUGCACAUCCAAAAUGCCACCCAAGCCUCUGCUUUCAACGCCGCCACCUUGCAGUUGGUUUCCGGAGAAUUGUCAUUGGAUGCCAACACCAUCUUGGCCUCUUUGAACUUGGCCCAAUUGACCACCGUUGGAUCUUUCAGUUUAACUGCUUUGCCAGCCUUGGAAGUCAUCGGCUUGACGUCGGGUAUCACCUCGGCCGAAUCCGUCAUCAUUUCUGACACAGGUUUGAACACCUUGGAAGGUAUCAAUGUUGUGCAAUUGAAGACUUUUAACGUUAACAACAACGACCAAAUUCAACUUAUUGACUCUGGUUUGCAAAAGGUUACUGACACUUUGUCUAUUUCUUUCAACGCCGACUCUGUUGAUGUGAAGUUGGACCAAUUGUCUGAAGCCAAGGACGUUUACCUUCAGUCGAUUUCUUCAUUUUCUGCUGCCAACUUGACAAAGGUUACUGGUUCUUUGUCAUUUGUUUCCAACUCGAUUGAGAAGAUUGAAAUCAGCUCUUUGAAGUCUGUUAGUAACUCUUUGACUGUCAGCAAGAACUCCGAUUUGGAAGAAAUCGAAUUUGCUAACUUGACUUCCAUCGGAGGUGCUUUGGUUAUCUCAGAAAACGACGACUUGUCCACUUUUGCUGGUUUCCCAGAAUUGGCCAAGGUUGGUGGAUCUGUUAGCAUCAACGGUUCUUUCGACAACGGUACUUUUGAAUCCUUGGAAUCGGUUUCUGGUGGUUUCAACUUGAGAUCCACCGGUGACUUAACCUGUGAAGAGUUCAACGAAUUGAACUCCGACGGGGACAUUAAGGGUGACAAGUACUACUGUUCUGGUGCCAACACCGAAACCUCUUCUUCUUCUUCCAAGUCUGGUAACGCCAAUGGUGUUUCCACUUCUUCUGCUGACGAUGAAGAUUCUUCUUCUUCUUCUUCUUCUUCUGACUCCACCACCACCACCAAGGACAGUUCUGCUUCCGCUCCUGGAGGCUUCAUUGCUUUGCUUGCUGGAGCUGCUGCCAUUGGUUUGUCUUUGUACUAAGGGGGCCAGCCGAAUGAACAAAAAAGUUUUGAAUUAUAUGGUAAGAUAAUAUUUAUAAGGGGAUAAGUUUUGUAUUAAUGGUUUUUUUUGUUUUUAUCCCUAAUAAUAAAUGUAAUAUUAAUUUGUUUGUAGACCAUCUUUUUGGGGGGCUUACAAGUAAUAUACGAUACUCUAAG